AUGAACGCAACCAAAAGCUCUAUCGACCUCCUUUAUGCCUUCCGACCCUACACCCUCGAUGCUAUCAUGUGCUUUACCUUUGGAAAAUCUGUGAAUACGAUCAAUGCACCGGGAUUCAGCGGCCCUCUGAUCUUAGCAAUAGACGCUAGUCUGAAGCUGCUACUAUUCUUGAAGAACUUCCCCUUGAUUCGUAAUCUGGUUUUUGCCAUUCCUCCGUCUCUAGUUAUACGACUCGUUCCUAAUGCUAAACGGCUGGCUCCGCGUCUCUAUCAAGUCCGCGAUCUCAUCCAGCAACAGCUACAGGUUGUUCUAAAUUGCUCCUCUAAGCUUGAUGAAGUACCCUACACUCUCUUCCACAGUAUGCUCAAUCCCCAGGCAUACCGAAGAGAAGAGGUCCCAGACCUAACAGCUCUAUAUGACGAGGGUUUCACACUUAUCUUCGCGGGUGCGAAUACGGUGGCAGAUACGCUGCUUAUGGGUCACUGGUAUACCAUACAGGAUCCCGUCCUCCUCAAAAUGCUCAGAAGUGAACUUCUGACUGUUUGGUCAGAUAUCGAGAAGCAGCCCUUGCUAGCUGAUCUCGAAGGCUUACCACUACUCACAGCAACUAUUAAAGAAUCUCUUCGCUUUAUCCGGUCGGGGGUAUCACCAAUUCGUGUCGUGCCUACGACUGGGGCCGUCAUAUCGGGCCAGCAAAUUCCGGGAGGAGGCACAGUUGGCAUAGCAAUCCUGCAUGUGCACCAGUGUGCUGAGGUAUGGGGUAAGGAUGCUCUGGAGUUCCGUCCUGAGAGGUGGCUAGAGAGCAAGGAGACGGUAGAGAGAGAGGAUGGAAAGACGAGCCCCAAAUCUCAUAACAUGAGUGACUUGGAUCACUGGCUUGUGCCAUUCAGUCAAGGUCCUCGCAUGUGCUUCGGGAUGAGCCUUGCUUGGGCAGAGAUGUAUAUCGCUUUUGCGGCCAUGGUUCGAAACUUUGAUAUGACUAUUGACGGAACAACGCCUGAGGAUAUGCAGUGGCGAGAGUGUAUUGCAGCCUAUCAUCCUAAGAGGCACCUGCAUGCAUGGUGCCGUCCCACUCAGGCCUAG